AAGUAUUGAAAGAAAAUGGUUAUUCGCUUCGAAGCACUUGUCAAGUGAUAUCAAAUAUUGUCAAUAUAAAACGUUUCGGACUCGAUAUUCCUUUAAAAACCAGUUAAAGUGGUGAAGUAAUGUUCCAAGCUUAUACGCAAUCGUAAGUUUAAGUCUACAAAAUGAUUAUACAGGAACCAGUGCAGGCGGCGAUAUGGCACUGUUUGAACCACUAUGAUUAUUCGGACGCGAUUUUUCUUUCAGAGAGACUCUACGCAGAAGUUAAAUCAGAUGAAACUUUGUUUUUAUUAGCCACGGCGUAUUUUAGAAACAGUCAAAUCGAUCAUGCUUACAAUAUCUUAAAGGACAAACAUGGGUAUAAUCCCCAAUGUAAAUAUUUAUUUGCUAAAUGUGCCUACGAAUUACAAAAAUAUUUUGACGCUGAAACAGUACUUUUAGAACACAUUUCUUGCCCAACUAACAAUUACGACGAUCUGAUUAUGGAGUAUGGUGAUCAAGCAGCUUUUGUAUUCCUCCUUUUAGCUAAAAUAGCGAUUAAGACUGAACGAAAACAAAAAGCAGUGGAAGCUUUAAAGCGGGCCUUGAAAAUAAAUCCAUUUUUAUGGUCUGGGUUUGAAGGUCUUUGUAAAAUUGGUGAGAAACCGGAUCCGAACGUUGUUUUCCAACUGGGGGAAUUAGAUAAUUUAUCAAAGUGCCACGGAAAUAAUUUAAAUAAUAUUGAAAGCAUGAUUAUUGCCAAUACACCAAAUCAGGAGAGUGUACAGUACAUUAUGACGCCUCCUCAAAUUUUAACUAGUCCAAAUCCUUCUACGAAUAAUCUUAUUAAUAAAAUGUUGUUUACCCCGGAAGAAAGUAACGCCCCAAAUAAUAUUAUGUUAUCUGGAAUUAGUGUUUUACCCAAUUCAAGGUUUAAAACGUUCAAAAAUAAGAUGUUGGAUGAUCAUAAUUCAUCAAUUGUAAGUUUAUUUUAACUGUUUGAGCAUGUUUGCACCUACAGUGACUUC